UGCAUAAUAUUAAAAGGGUUGUUUCCUCAUUAACUCUCACUCAGUGCCAGUCCAUAUGCCAGCCAGUUUGGAAAUAUAUAAUUUUUCUUUCCCAAACCCCAUUAAAACACUUCGGGCACCACCUUGCUUUCACACAGCUUGUCACUCAGAAGUGAGAUCUCUCUCAUUCACUCAUCUCCCACUCCUCCCAAUCCACUCUCAUCCCUCUCCUCAUGAUAAUUAAUUGACUCAUCUUCGUCAUCAACAACAAUAUUUGUUAUUUGUUAUUCCAUCGAACACAAUUUUCUUCUCUGUGAGCUAAUAACAAUGCAAGACGCAAUUGGGAUUCCAGCAUGCUUCUCUUCUGCAUUGAAAUCGAGUGAUGAUCACACAACCGUGACCCGUUCAGGCCAGAGCGUGCACAUGUCCGUGUACAGAACAAAGAUUGCUGACCAGUGCCGCUUGAUCACCAUCACAUGGUGCAAAAACAUGAUACUCCAUGGGCUUUCGGUGUCAGUGGAAGGCCCAGAAGGAAAGGCCCAAUACUGCUGCAAGGUGGAGCUGAAGCCAUGGUAUUUUUGGAGAAAACAAGGUUCCAAGCGCUUCAUCGUACACGGUAACAAACCCGUUGACGUUUUCUGGGACCUUAAAGGUGCAAAAUUCAACGGCGAGACAGAACCAACCUCGGAGUACUACGUUGCCGUGGUGUGCGACCAAGAGGUCGUGCUUCUGAUCGGUGAUUUAAAAAAAGAAGCUUAUAGAAGAACUGGGUGCAGACCAGCACUCAUUGACCCAAUUCUGGUUUCGAAAAAAGAACACAUUUUUGGGAAGAGAAAGUUCUCUACAAGAGCCAAGUUUCACGAGAAGGGUAGGUGCCAUGAGAUCUCAAUUGAGUGCAAGAGCAACAAUAUUGGAGGAGAUGGAGAUAAGAUUCAGCCAGAGAUGGAGAUAAGACUCGAUGGGCACGUGGUGAUCCACGUGAAGCGCUUGCAAUGGAAGUUUAGAGGGAACGAGUCGAUUCAUCUCAACAAGAUGAGAGUGGAGGUGUAUUGGGACGUUCACGAUUGGCUCUUCAGCCCUGGUUUGAAACAUGCUUUGUUUAUUUUUAAGCCCGUUUUAUCAUCAUCCAAUAUUUCUAUGUCAUCAUCACAUUCAAUUUCAUCAUCUUCAUCACCAUUAUCGUUAUCAUUAUCAUCAUCAUCGACACCGUUAUCCACUCAAACGGGUCGUUCUGGGUCGCUGGAGGGGUGUAGUGUCAGCGAGGCUUCAGAGUUUUGCUUGUUUCUAUAUGCUUGGAAGGUUGAAUAGUGAAAAUUGAGAUUUUUUUUUUUACUCAAAUGUGAGUCUUUUUCACAUUCAUCAGGUUUGUAUUCCAAUCAUGUCACGGUGUCAGGGUAACGGUAUUCUUAUUAUUGUAUCAUCAACGGGGAAAAUAACGUUGGAAAAUGACUUGGGGGCUCUUCAAGUUAUGGAAAAGAAUGCAAAAUGGUGAUGAUGAUGUUGUUGUUGAGAUUGGUUUUGGGGCAUGAAAGAAAGAAAGAGAAGAAGAGAGAUUUGGAUUGAGAAGGGUGGUGGAGCCCAGGGAGUUAGUUACAGCUGGAGUUGAACAAUUGCGCGCAUAAAUGGACAAAACGGAUUGAAUCGUACACACAUGCCCAAUAAUUCUCCAUGCGUCCACGUCAAUCUACAUCUGUCAUCUACUGCUUUGGAAAUUCUUUAUCUCUUUCUCUCUCUCUCGAUCUGAUCUUGAGAAUCCAACUAUGAUAUGUAAUAUAUGUUUCUUUCUUUUAAAAUUUAUCAACCAAAGGUGUAUGUUAUUUAAAGCAUAUAUAACAUAAAUAUAUAGACAUUAGAUUAUUGAACCGAAUGUCUGAAUUUGCACAUGAAA